UAAUUGCACCGAUACAGCCGGGUAUUUAGUUUUGUCACUCGUUUGUGAUAUGGAUAAGGCAUUCGUGACAUCUUUUCUACUUGAUUAAAAAUCUUGAAGUGCUUCCUACGGACGCCAGAGUGGUGUUAUUUACCCGAAACAUAAACCUGUGUUCAGGCUUUACCAGCCGUUUAGCUCACUAGUCGCUCAAAAUCUCUACUGUAUAUAGCGAUGAGUUUGUUUAACCUUGAAAGGUUCCGUUAUCAAAAAGACAAGACGGUUGAAAAUGGCUCGUCGUCGGUCAGUUCACCCAAACAAGAGCAGCGCAGACUGGUGAAUAACUGUAGCUCGGAUAAAGAGAAUUCCCCGGAAGCCCGGGUGAAACCCGAUGACAGACGAGGAAGAGGGAAAACGCCACGCCAUGCACUGGAGGAUGUGUCCUCUGAUGAUGAAGCCUCUAAGGCAAGGAAUGGCACAGAGUGUGAAAAGCAGACAAAUCUCGAGAUGGAAGAUAAACUGACCACGCUUCUGGAAAUGUUCCCUCAGAGGAGUAGAAGUGAAUUGCUGGAGGUGGUGGAGAGUACCAGCACGCUGGAGGGAGCUGUAGCAUAUUGUUUGGUGACCUACAAAGAUAAAGAUUUAUCCAAGACUAAAGGCGGAGUAACAAAUGAUGCUGAGAUGCAACCAAAGAAACGGAGGAAAAUCAUGGACCCAGAGUCUGCAGAGAACCACGAGCCGAGCAGAGAAAAGCAAGAUGCUUUGGUGCACAAACUAAAAAAGAAAUUUCCCAAAAUGGAUAAAGUGGGACUGAGAGAAGUUCUGAAAGAUCAUGAGUGGGAUUUUGAAAAUGCCUUGGGAUCAUUGCUCAUGUUUUCAUCAGACUCGGACUGUAACCCAGAAGAGAUCGAGAAGACAUCAAAACCAUCAAAGAGCAGCCAAGAGAGCAGUGGUGAUGGGAAGCAAAACCCAAAUUCUUCUAGUCUCAUAAGAUGGCUAUCAGCUACAUCAAGUAAAUCAUCUUCAAGACCACAGUCCAUUUCUAAUAGAUCAACUUCUAGAGGAAGCAAAACAGUCAGUCAUAAGCCUGAGAGAGCAAAAGCAGAGAAGUUAAAACCAGAACGAAACAAAGACUCUGACUCUGAACUUGAUAGUGAGGCUGAGGAUGUUUAUGAUGAAUUCGACAUGGACGGUGAAGAUGAUGGCUUUGAUCCCAGGGUCCAGGAGCAGAUAUUGCAAUUUUUCCAGGAUGCUUCAGUGGAUGAAAUGACUUUAAUAUCUGGGUGCUCAUUGAAAAGAGCCCAGAAGAUUAUUUCACUGAGACCAUUUAACACGUGGAAAGAUGUGAGUGAGCAGUUUGAUAAAGAUAAUGGCUUGUCUAUGGAUUUGGUGUAUGGCUGUAAGAGGGUGCUGAAGGAAAGGCAAGUAGUGAAGCAGCUCAUGAACAAGUGUGAGAGCAUAGCCAGGAAGAUGACCAGAGACAUAACCCAGGUCAUAGAAAACGGCAUGGGCUCCACGAAACAGCCAACCACCCUCAAUAGCAAGUUGAAAUUACAGCCGUAUCAGCUGAUAGGCUUGAAGUGGCUUAUUCUGUUACACCAGCACAAUCUCAGUGGGAUCCUGGCUGAUGAGAUGGGCUUAGGAAAGACCAUUCAGACCAUUUCUUUUUUGGCUCAUCUUUAUCAGAAUGGGAUUAAAGGUCCUCACCUCAUCACUGUACCUUCUUCCACACUGGAUAACUGGUUAAGGGAGCUAAAGCUGUGGUGUCCCAGCCUGAAGGUGAUUGUUUAUUAUGGCUCUGUAGAGGACCGUAAAUACCUCCGCUGUGAUAUUCUCAACAACCAAGUGAAAUUCAAUGUUAUAUUGUCUACAUAUAACUUAACAAUAGGGAAUGAAAGUGACCGCAGUCUUUUCCGCAAGUUGAAGUUGCAGUAUGCCGUGUUUGAUGAGGGUCACAUGUUGAAGAACAUGAACUCACUACGCUACCGCCAUCUCAUGGCCAUUAAUGCUAAAUGGAGGUUGUUACUCACUGGAACACCUUUACAAAACAACCUGCUGGAACUCAUAUCUCUGCUUAACUUCAUUAUGCCCUCCAUGUUCUCCAGCAGCACUUCACAGAUUUCCAAGAUGUUCUCCACGAAAUCAUCAGAAGAGGAAAGUACUUUCCAUAAAGAGAGAAUUGCACAAGCCAAGCUCAUCAUGAAGCCCUUCAUCUUGAGACGAGUCAAGAGUGAGGUGCUGAAAGAACUGCCACCCAAGGUGGAGAAAAUCGAAAUGUGUCCCAUGAGUGAUGCUCAGCAGCGACUGUAUGACAGCCUCUUCAGUAGGCUCAAGAACCAUGUUAAUGGAGAGAAGCGAGAGCUUAGUAAUGUGAUGAUGCAGUUAAGAAAAAUGGCCAAUCAUCCACUGUUGCACCGGCAGUACUAUACCACGGAGAAACUUGCAGCCAUGAGCCGAGCCAUGCUGAAGGAACCAACACAUUUUGAUGCAGACCCUGCACUGAUCCAGGAAGACAUGGAGGUGAUGUCAGACUUUGAGCUGCAUAACCUUUGCAAGGAAUAUAGCUCCAUCUCCAGGUUUCAACUGGAAAAAAAGCUCCUUCUGGAUUCUGGAAAGAUUUCCCUGCUCACCAAAUUAUUAGCAAAGCUCAAAGAGAAGGGUGACAGGGUGGUGCUCUUUAGCCAGUUCACCAUGAUGUUGGACAUUAUGGAGCUUCUGCUGAAACACCUUGGUCACCAGUAUGUUCGGCUGGACGGCUCCACACCUAUGGCAGAAAGAAUUGACCUCAUAGAUAAAUACAACACAGACCAUGAAAUAUUUGUCUUCCUUCUGUCAACUCGUGCUGGUGGCCAAGGGAUCAACCUCGCCUCUGCUAAUGUAGUGAUUCUUCAUGAUAUUGACUGCAAUCCUUUCAAUGAUAAACAAGCAGAGGACCGCUGUCAUCGAAUGGGGCAGAGCAGGACUGUGCAGGUUAUAAAACUGAUUAGUAAAGAUUCCAUAGAGGCCUGCAUGCUUCGUGUUGGGCAGGAGAAACUCAAACUUGAACAAGACAUGACAACUGAUGAAGGUGAAGAGGGAGCCGUGUCAGAGGAUGUGGCUGAGCUGUUAAAAGUAUCCCUAGGCCUUUUGACAUACAAGUGAUUAGCUGUGCUGCAUGUGUCUAUGCCAAAUGGUUGACCCAAUAAAUACACUGACCUUUUUUUGUUUGUUUUUGUUUGGGGUUUUUUUGUUUGGUUUUUUUUAAGAAUAUUGUUCUGUUUCAUAUCCUCAUUUUGGCUCAGGUUGAAAGUAUGGCACUGCCUACUUGAAUCCAACUUCAGGUUUAAGAUUGUGAGAUUUAUGCCAGUAGCUUACGAGUUUUUUUUGGUAUAUUGUAGUUGUCUGUGUUGCAUUAUACAUUGCACAUGUU